AUGGCUUUCUCUAACCAGCUCUUCUUCCUCUUCCUUCUGCUCCUCUCCGUCGCUUCCAACACCCACGGCGCCGAUUUAAUCUCCAAAAAAUGUGGAAGCACCCCUGCCGCCAACAACAGCGCCUUGCAAGCCAACAUCAACAGCAUCAUUCUCGAUCUUGUGACAAAGACUACAGCCAAUGGCUUCGCCAACUCUACCUACGGGUACAAAAACGACGCCGUCUACGGCACGGCGGAGUGCCGAGGAGACGUAAACGGCCAAGUCUGCUCCGCAUGCAUCGUGGCCGCCGGGCAAGAGAUACAAACAUCAUGCGCGAACACGACUGAAUCGCGCAUUUGGUACCAUCAGUGCUCUCUUCGCUACAGCACCACCAACUUCAUGGGGCAGCCGGACACGGCCCUGCUCAGUAUGUUGCGCUCUACGAGUGCGCCGAAGGAUCCGCAGGCUUUCAAUAAAACAUUAAAAGAGAUGUUUUCAGUGCUGACGGUGGCUGCAGCAUCAAGUGGAGAAAGGAGGAAGUUUGCGUGGGGGAAGAUUGAGAGGCAUGGUAAAGUCACAAAUGAGGGGGCAAUUAUUACCGUUUAUGGAAUGGCACACUGCACAUGGGACCUGGAGGAAUCGCCAUGCUCCGCGUGUUUGGGUGCUGCGUUGAGUAAUGUGAAUGAAGAAUGGGAUGGAUAUUAUAUUAUGCUUAAGAGUUGUGCAGUCAGAUAUGAGGUUUAUCCGUUUCUCUUCCUAAAUGCAGCACCUAAUCCUGCCAUCGACACUGGCAAUGUUACUUUCAGCAACAUUUAA